AGCCUAUGGUCGACCCAUACGAUAGGCACUCCACACACAGUCGUUGUGAGUCAGCGUUUCCGGUGCCACCACUCAGUCGUCACUGUAUUUGUUGUACGGUUUGUGAGCAUUAGUUUUGGUGACUAUUUUGGUGCGGACUCCACGACACACUCCGUUACUGUUAGCCUCCACUCGACACUCGCGACACUAUAAACCGAAUUUGUUGCCGCAUUACUCGCAUAUAAUCGCCGCAAACACCGCUCAAUAGACCCUUCGAUUGUAUGAGUCAACCAACCAAAGAGAGGCCUACACUACAGGGUCAGCGCAUUAAGACCAGGAAAAGAGAUGAAAAGGAGAAGUUCGACGCGAAAGCAUUUCGUGACGCAAUCUUCUUGGGCAUCGACUCCGGCUCCGGUGAUCUCGAGCUGCUCUCGAAGUUCUUGGACACCUCGAAGCUAGACUACCGUCUCUACGGCGAGACCCUAUUCGACGUACUCAUCGCGGGAGGCCUACUGGCGCCGGGAGGCACCAUCAUCGACGAGCCCGGGGAUCAACAGUCCCGCACCCAGACGUGUGUGUUCUGUGGCGGCGCCGACGAGGAGUCGAUCCGCGCCUACGCUCAGGUGAUCACGAAACUGAUCCGCAGAUACAAGUUCUUGGAGAAGACGUUGGAGGAGUCGCUGAAGAAGAUCAUUGUCUUCCUGAAGGCGUUCACUGUGGAUGAGAGGGAGAAGUUGGCGAAGUUUUGCGGCGUUUUGAUAGCCGGCGCCCAGAUAUCGCCCACUGUGUUGGCCGCCACUCUUCAGGAUCAUCUCGUGAAGGACGGCAUCGCCGCCGAGUUCCUGAUCCAAGUGCUCCGCCUCUGGCAGUCCGAUAAGGACGCGACCCAAGUGUGGAACGCCUUACGCAAGUCAGGCCUCGAGUCGAAGCUAUUGGACUUCUACCCGUCCUCUAAGCGCACUCAGGAGACCCUAUCGACGGCGUUCCUGUCGGCCGGACUCACGCAACUCGUGGACUACCAUAAGGCGCAGUUGGGCUCGUCGUUCAAAAAGGACUUACAGUCCCGUCUCUCGGAGCUGAUCAACGAGAGCGCCUCCACCAAGGAGUUAAUCGCAGUGGUGAAGGAGUCGGUGGCUAAGUAUCAGAUACCGGAAGCGGAGGUAUCGGUGCUGCUAUGGAAUACGUUGAUGUCUGCCGUCGAGUGGAACAAGAAGGAGGAGCUGGUGGCCGACCAGGCGGUCAAACACCUCCGCGGCUACAGUUCCCUGUUGGCUGAGUUCACGAAGACUCCCAAAGCCGAGUUGGCACUACUUGUACGCAUACAGGAGUACUGUUUCGAUAACAUGAACUUCUUGAAGGUGUUCCAGAAGAUUGUGGUUCUCCUCUACAAGACGGACGUCUUGUCUGAGGACGUAAUCCUCAAUUGGUUCAAAAAGGAUCACUCGAGUCGAGGAAAGGGACACUUCUUGGAGCAGAUGAAGAAGUUUGUCGAAUGGCUUCAAAACGCUGAAGAAGACAACUCGUUUGCACCGAGAAAAGUCAAGUCCCUUAACAUGUGA